AUGAGCUCCAGGCAAGAGCUAAUCAACAAUGCCGUCCUCUUCCUCAACGACCCCAAGGUCCAAUCGUCUCCACUCACUCAGCGCAUCGAGUUCUUACAGGGCAAAGGCCUGAACGAGGCCGAAAUCCAGCAGGCGCUCAACGAGGCUGCGGCCGGGGGGACUGGGAGCACCGCACCCGCUACCGCGCCCGCGGCUGUCACCUCCACGCCAGUUGCGCCACCAGCAUAUGCGCGUCCCGGCCCUCCUCCGAACUACGGCUUCGGACAAGUGUACGCUGCGCCACCUGAGCCACCCAAGCGCGACUGGCGUGACAUCUUUAUCAUGGCAGUAGUUUCGGGUGGUGUAGUGUACGGCCUGACUGCACUUGCACGGAAAUACCUCACGCCUCAUCUCAAGCCGCCCUCGUCGACCGCGUUCCAGGAGACUUCAGCGUCUCUGGCGGAGCAGUACGACGCCGCCCAGGCUGCCCUCGACGACCUGAAGGCGCAGACGGAGGCGCUGACCGCUUCGGCCGAGGAGGAGCGUACGCGCGUCGCGGCUGCCUUGGACGACGUCGAGGCUGCCGCCAAAGCGGUGCGUGAUGCCGAGGCACGCUGGCGCGACGACAUGCGCGAGGUGCGCGGCGAGGUUGAGAGCGUGCGCGAGCUUGUCCCCCGCCUUAUUGAGAAGCACAGCCAGGCGCAGAAUGCCGCCCUCACCGAGCUGCAGAGCGAGCUGCGUAGCCUCAAGACGCUUCUCGUUGCGCGGCAGGGACAGGCGCCCGAGGCGAGCGGCGCUGCAUCCCCCGUCCCUGGCACGCCUAGCGCCACUACGCAGGCCGCCAACGCCCUCCUUGCGCCCCGUACUGGCAAGGCUUCCAUCCCGGCCUGGCAGCUCGCGGCGCCCAGCAACGGCGGUGCGAGCGCAGCGUCGAGCGCUGCUGGCGGCUCGGGCGCUAGCAGCCCCACCAAGGAGUAG